AGCGCCGGAAGCAUCUCUCCGCGCAGGAGCCACAAACCGCACGUCUGCAGGGCACCGACACCUUAGCCCUUUCGCGACGUGCGUCCAACCCGGAAGCUCAACCCCACCGUUAUAUCACUUCCUGCAGCCUUCCGCGCCCUGGCACGCCCAGCCUUGCCAGCUCGGAUCCCGAGGUGCGGCAGGCAGGAUGCGCCGGGCAGAGUCGCGGCCGCGGAGCGCGUGAAGAGUGGCAAGUAGCUCCCGGGCACGGCGUCCGAGAGAGCCUACCCAGUCUUCUCCGCCGGCGGCCCCGGGCUCGGGGCGCGCGCUGGCCUUCCCCAAUGAUCCAGAAGCCGCGCGCGGCGCUGCUGCCGCCUCAGGAUGUGGGAGACGGCGUGGAAACGCUCAUGGUGCACCCGGUGAUCAAAGCCUUUCUGUGUGGCUCCAUCAGUGGGACCUGUUCUACCCUCCUUUUCCAACCCCUGGAUCUCCUCAAAACACGCCUGCAGACCCUCCAGCCCUCAGCCCAUGGAUCCAGGCGUGUUGGAAUGUUGGCUAUGCUCUCGAUGGUGGUUCGCACGGAGAGUCUUUUCGGCCUUUGGAAGGGGAUGUCCCCUUCCAUUGCGAGGUGCAUCCCCGGUAUCGGGGUCUACUUUGGCACGCUCUACUCUUUGAAGCAGUACUUCCUGCAAGGCCACCCCCCCACUUGCCUGGAGUCGGUCCUCCUGGGGAUGGUUUCUCGCUCAGUUGCAGGGGUCUGCGUGUCACCUAUCACUGUGAUCAAGACACGUUAUGAGAGCGGGAGAUUUGGCUAUGAAAGCAUCUACGCAGCUCUGAGGAGCAUCUACUGCAGCGAGGGGCACCGGGGCCUCUUCAGUGGCCUGACAGCUACACUCCUUCGUGACGCACCCUUUUCUGGAAUCUACCUGAUGUUUUACAACCAGACAAGAAGCAUCAUGCCCCAUGACCAGUUGGAUGCAGUCCUUAUUCCCAUUGUAAAUUUCAGCUGUGGGAUAUUUGCUGGCAUUCUGGCUUCACUGGUAACUCAGCCUGCAGAUGUUAUCAAAACUCAUAUGCAGCUCUCCCCAGUGAAAUCUUGGUGGAUCGGCCAGGUGGUGACACUCAUUUUCAAAGACUAUGGGCUGCGAGGGUUCUUCCAAGGUGGGGUCCCCCGGGUCCUGCGCAGAACUCUGAUGGCAGCCAUGGCAUGGACAGUCUAUGAAGAGAUGAUGGCCAAGAUGGGCCUGAAGUCCUGACAGAGAGGGGACCGGGAGAGAUGGGGUCUGUUGCACUGUCUGGUGUGCCCAGGGCUGCAUCUCCAUCCUAAAGUGGGUGAAGUCCUACCUGGAGUGCCUGGCUGAUGGGUCACCCUAGUUACCCAAUGCAGGUAGACAAUAAACAGGUGCAGCGCAAGCCUCAGAACUUCGCAGCAGAGGAGUCACCGCACAAGCAGCACACUGGGAGUUAGGCAGUCUGCCUGCUCUGCAAAGCUACUUGAAAAGGCAUUUCCAGAGAGGGCUCUGCCAGCCACCGACUACAUCACAGGGCCCCUUUGGGCCUGCUCUUAGGCAAGGAUUCGUCCAGCCACUGAAGCCAUGGCCUGCCCGCCGUGGCUGAGGCAUUCCAGCUGGGGGGCUGGGUCUGCAGGGACAGCAGUCACUCUCCCCAGGCCGAUGUCUGUGCUGAGGUGAUGUUAGGAUAAGGAAGAAAAAAUGUUACAUGUUUAGCUCCUAGUCACCUUUUCAGAGGCUCUGAAGAAGGGGGACAGUGGCUUCCUAGCCUCUAAGUGUCCAAAUAAGUUUUUGAUCUUGGCCCCUGCACUGUUUCAACUCUUAAGAUGUUCUUGCAUUUUUCAGGAGCUAAAGUUUAGGUGAAUAAAAUAAAGCACUUUAUCUUGAAAACUGGAAAACCUAAACAGUGUCCUUCCUGUAUUCUAAAAUAACAAAAUAGUCUAAGGUGGCUGGCUCUUGACCCUGUGUGAUCCUAAAACCUAAACAAUUUUAAACAGCUUUAUUUCACAUAUAUAAUUCACCAAUUACAAAAAUACAAUUAAGUGAUUUUUAGGAAUUUCACCAAGUGGUGCAACCAUCACCGUAAAUCAGUUUUAGAACACAUUUAUCCUCCAAGAUCUCUCAUUUAUAAUCCUCAUUCUGAGCCCCAUUCUCAAACAGCUACCGAUCUGCCCUCUAUGUAUUUGCUUUUUCUGGACACGUCAUAGAAAUGGAGUCAUACAGGAUGGGGUCUCAUGUCUGGCUUCUGCUCAGCAUGUUUCUGAGGUUCCUCUGUGAUGUAGCAGGUUUAACACUGUUUUCAUGGCUGAAUAAUAUACUGUCAUAUGCCUAUGCCAGAUGCUAUUUAUCCAUACUCAAUAGUUUACAAAUAUUUAAGUUGUUUCCACUAUUUUCUUAGGAAUAAUACCACUGUGAAUGCUCAA